ACCAGGGCAUUCACAGGCAAAAUGGAAAGAGCCGUGCGGGUCCGAGGCCGGGACUUUCCUUCCAGCAGCCUUUGUGUGGUCAGCGCAACACAGAGAGCGUCAGCUUCCUCAACAAGCCACAACGGGGGUCGGGAGGUGAUCAAGAUCGAGAUACCAGCAGCUUGGUCAAAACCACGGAGUACUUACAGAAGGAGGCACUUGCGGCUGAUUGCCACCCAUUUUUUCGUCUUAAUUGUCUUGUGUGUCAUCAUAGGGCGUGCGUGUGCUUUUGCACCAUUACAUACCAGACGUAUUGCCCUGCCUACGUCCCCUUUUGCGUCUCGUCCACCUCCCAACUUCCGCAGAUUUCUUUUUGGUUUUGGCGGUAAAGACAGUCAAACGAAUAAAAAUAGUGGAAACUCAUCUUUGAAGCCAAAACCUUUUGCCCCAGAGCGCAUGGUUAAAUACAACGACGACAUAUUUGCGAAGAUCUGGAUAUUUUUGUUCACCGGAAAAAUUGCGGCUGUAGUCGGUGCACCCUCUCCCCGUAACUUUAUCCCGUACGAGGAAUACGUUCGUCUCUCUCGGUUACUGUUAAGAGGGGGCUCGACCAAGGCGAAGUCUGCCGUUCUCUCUGUCCUUCGCUCCAUCGCCUUCCCGGGCUUUUCCUCUAUUUUUCGGGCCUUGUUUCCAGGGUCGUCGCGGCUUGCUUGUGAAUUUAAUGCGCGCGUUACGCCAAUCUUUUUCAGCUGGCUGGUUGGACCAGCAAAGGUAGAAACUUCAGAAAUGCUGAACCCGGUCACGUAUCUAGAGAGUGUGCAAUGCAAAGGCGCGUGCGUCAGCAUCUGCAAGUUACCCACGCAAACUUUCUUCACGGAGGACCUGGGCAUGCCCGUGACGAUGACGCCCAAUUUUGAGGACUUGAGUCGUACCACAUGAUUGUCAAGACGAUCCCUGGGACUGUUAUUAUUUAAACGUACAAUAGAUAAAGAGUCAACGAAAGAAAUCUAGAAGAAUAUACGCGAA